AGCGCGAGACCAGACGCAUUCGCGUUCGCAGACGUCUACAAACACAUGACCGACCUCGGCAAGAUGGAUGAAAUCGGGGAAAAAGCGUAGAGUGAGUGAGAGAAGUAGGAGGAGGAGGGACACACAUCCAUACUGCUAGUGCGCCAGUGUGUACGUAAGGACACAGUGCCGGACCUCGUGCGAGUCGCGACCACGAUUACAAUUCGACAUUUAGCGCACACACACAUUUCUCUACGUAGUAAUAUUAAACGUAGAAGUGUACAAUCGCGUGGACGCCCUAUCAAAAUAUAUAUGUAAGAUAAAUACAACGUGUAGAAAAGACGAGGCCCUUUCGAAAGUUUGUUUUGAUCCGUGAGAGUGUGCGGAAGAAGAAGAAGAAGAAUAACAACACAUCGACGGCAUCAGAAGAAGAACACGGUGUGCGUGCGCGCGUGUAUGUAUAUUUGUGUGCGUGAAGAAUUCAGUUCGCAGUUGUAGAUGGUGUGUACGAACUUGGUGUCUGCUUUCUGGAGGAUUCUUUCCGUUCUCGCGCCAUCAUCGCAAUUUGUGUCUUAUUGUUGUCGUCGUGCUGUGAAAGAGCGCGUGAGAUACCAAUAGCAAGAGAGACGUAGCUCUGCUGUGCGCAACAACAAAUAACAACAACACCCCAACUGCAACAUCAUCAUCAGUUAUUGCUACUAGUAGUUUUUUCGUAAAACCAUAUCCAGACUUGACACAGGAAAUGCUUCGCUACCUUUCGUUGACCUGGAAUGUUGACGUGUUCGUGUAUUGCGCAUGAAAAAUUCGUGGUGCCCUUGGACAAUUUCCAGUUCGCAUGGUCUCUAUUUCUCCGUCGCACUCGCCGUUCGCUCUCUUCGUGUGUGCGUGCGCGUUUCUCUCUGUGUGUUUGUGUGUGAGACGUUCGAUAUAUAGUAUAUAGUACACACGCUAACUAACACAAGCGCGCACAGAGAGUUGUCGGUCUGCGUGUGUUGAGGAGGAGGAAGACGCGCGCCGCCGUCUUGUUUUGAUUCCGGUGCGCCCCUUUCAUCAUCAUCAUCGCUCUGCCAUCGUCGCUGCUGCUGCCACUGUUCAUCAUCAUCAUUAAUAUAUAGAGAUAUAUAAUAUUAUUGUUGUUGUUUGACAAUUGUUAGUGUGUGUGCGCGCGCGUGUGUUGAUGCGACACGGCGAUGAUGUCGGUGAAGAGUUCGAGUUCGUUGGGCGAGCCCAGCACGGGCCCCAUCGUUCGAUCCGGAUACCUGAAGAAACUCAAGACGUCGAAGAGGAAAUUCUUCGUGCUGCGCGCCGAAACCUGCGACUGUUCCGCUCGCCUCGAGUACUACGACACCGAGAAGAAGUUCAGAAGCGGUCAGAUCGCGAAACGCAGCAUUCCGCUGAGGACGUGCUUCAACAUCAACAAACGGAGCGACACCAAGUACAAGCACGUCAUCGCUCUGUACACCAAGGAUGACCGAUUCUGCGUCGUGCUGGAAUCCGAGGAGGAUCAGGAGUCUUGGCUCAAGGCACUCAUCUCUCUCCAGCAAGGAGAGGAGUUGCCCGAUGGAGAGAAGCCUCGUCCCACCUUUGUUACAAGAGUUCCCCUCAAGCCAACCAACCAAACACACACAUAAAUACCUCCACCAUUCUCUUUCUUUCUCUUUCAAUCGUUCUUUCUCUCCGUCUCUCGCGGAAUUUUGAAACGUACAAUUCUCCCAUACGAACGAAGUCAAUAAUUACCAUUCACAAAUCCCAACGACCUUAACGACCAAAAAAUCAGAGAGAUACUGCGACGAAGAGGUGGCGAGGAAGAGGACGAGGAGAAUGAGAAAAACAACUUGAAAGCAGACCGUGGGACCACCGAAAUAUCGGAAAGAUAAACAACAACAACGACGACGACGUAUUAAGAGAGAGAAAAAAAAACAUCCCUAUGAAUGUGUACAAGUUAUGUGAGCGCGCCAAAAGGCUACCUGGCCUUAAGGUUUUCCUGGAAAAGAGGUCGACGACGUUUCAAGCGCCUUCUUUGAUAUUUCCAGCAGCGCAGAUAAAGAGAGAGAAGGAGAAAAUAAUAGUUGCGAGAUAAAUAGAGAGAGGUUGCAAUGGUUUUUAUGUAAUGGUUACGCGCCGAAAAUAAGGCCCUUCCGUUGCUUCUUCCAUCUAUCUCUGUAUGCAUUUACAAUUCGUGAAGGAAAUUACCCAAAUUAUCUCCGUUUAACACCUUCUACUACUAAUUAAAAAAAGAGACAAGUUCAAAAAAAAUAGCAGCGUUAUCUUCCAAUUAGAACCAAACAUUAGACAAAAUAUUGAAUUACUUUCCAAGUCGUAUCAAACGCACACUCAAAACGAAGUCAAAGUAUUAUAACUUUGACGAUGUGAAUCGAGUG